AUGUCCGCAGCAGCGGCGGGUCGCACGGUGUGGUUCGACGCGCACUGCCAUCUGCAGGACCCGCGCAUUGCCGCGCGCGCCGCGCACAUCGUGGGCGGCGCGGCCGACGCGGGCGUCCAAUGGAUGGUGUGCAACGGCACGCAUGAGGGGGACUGGGAAGUGGUGGCCGCCAUUGCUGCCGCCCACCCUUGCGUCAUCCCAUCCUUCGGCCUGCACCCAUGGUACGUGCACUCUCGGUCGACCCAGUGGCUGCAGCAUCUGGAGGAGCGGUUCUCAGCCCUGCCAUGCCCCCACAGCCCCACGCUGCCAUGA